AGCCGAACAGAGCGGAGCUCCUCUCACUUCUUUCCCUUCUGUAGCUGCUGUAAAGCUCCAUGUUUGCUCCAUGUUUGCUCUAAUGGACGGCUGGAUCUGGGUUUCUGUUCUAGGGAUGAUUUUAUCUGCUGCUGAAGGAGAGAAGAAGAUGACGGGUGUCGUUGGAGGAAACAUCACUCUGCCCCACCCUGUGAAAAAUAAAGGAUUUCUAAUAUAUAACUCAGCAAAUAUUGCUUCUGUGAAAAACAGAAUAUUUGAGAUACUAGAGAAAAUCUACACAGACAAAAUAUCCUGGGACGAUAAAACUGGAUUCUUCACCAUCGACAACCUGCAGAAGAACGACUCAGGAAAUUAUACCGUAGACUGUAAAGAUGGGAAUGGUUUCCAUGAUUAUCGUGUCACGGUGUACGACGCUGCUCCACCUCCUGCAGUGAGGAGACUGAACAGCUCUGACGGAUGCUUGUUGGAGUGUCGGGUGGAGGAAAAGACGGAGCUGUCGUGGUACAAAGACGAGCAGAUCCUGAACCAGAGCAGCUCUGGUCUCUCUCUGCUUCUCACUGUGCAGGAACAGGACUUCAGCUCCUCUUAUAGAUGUGUUGCUGCAAACCCUGCAGAAAGUAAAACUCUUCCAGUCGACGCUGAGACAUCCUGCAGAGAAGAAAACAAAGCUGGAAGUCUGGAAGGGACCAACUCGGGACAUCACUGGGUUAUAGUAGUUUCCAUCGUAUCUGUGCUGAUUGUCAUACUGGCCUCCUGGAUGAUAAAGAGGAAAUUUCUGGGGCAACAAAGGAACAAUCAGACAAACACAAAGCAGGAGAAGAAUUGUCUACAUUCUUCAGAACCUGAUGAGGUUUCCGGUCUGGAAAGAGGUGACCUGGAGACCCAGCAGACCCUGUGUUAGUGUUUAACUACUGAUUUCCACCACAUUGGUUUGGUGACCGGGUGCUUUAACCUUUAGUUUAAUAAGAGUAAUGUUUUCCAACUGUGUUAAAACUGUUUGGGUUUGUGUUCCCUUUUGUUUUCUGGCUGGUAAAUAGUUUUGUUUUCUUUCCUGUUUGGUAAUAAGUAAAGCCCUUUUGACUUAACACAAAUUAAUCACAGAUUAACCCCUUUAAGCCCGAGGGGUUUUUGGAGGUGUAGUUCGCCUGAACAGACCUACCCAAAUUAAAUCCACAAUAA